AUGUCAAAAUGCUUUAAGUACAAUUGUUGGAAACCAUCCAAGAAGCGCUCCGCAGCUCAGAUGCAAGUCACUGCACUGAUGAAGUCCCACACAACUUACCAACAUGCACAAAACAAGGAGAAUAUUGCUCCUCUGGCGACAACUUCUUCCUCUGCAUCUGCAAUAUCAAAUACACAGCUCGAACGAGAGAAGAAGCACAAGAAUACCUACCAGAGCCACUAUAGGAACAAGAAACGAUGUCACGAACAUACAAAAUCUCACACCAACAAACUCCAGUCACAUUUGGAUGAAGCACGAGCAUCCAUGACUGAAGCAUCCUUGCAAAUGCAGACAACUCAAAAUGCUCUCGCCACUACACAGCAUGAGAUGAGACACUUGCAAGCACGCAACGAGGUGCUCACCAGGCACAAUUGUGCUCUUGCUAUGCGGGCAUCUCGAGCCCCUCUGCAAAAAGCACAUGCCGUGGACAAAGCCCUCGCACGCACUGCUGUACAAUCAAAGCAGAGGGAUACCUUCUCACUGAAGGAAAAGAACGUGGUACACCAGAACCACGAGAUUGAUGUGAAGAGGAAGAAACAUUGUGAAGCAUCAUCAGCCAAACUUGCGGCUGUUGUACCUUGUGUAACGCCAGAUGAAAUUGCGAAGAUGCGUGUUGUCGACAUCGACUUGCAGAUUCGGUGGCAUCGUCAGUUUGACGUGGAAGUGCCUGCAGCCAAGCAUCUGAAAGGGAAGAACGGACCGCAAAAGAAGGCUAUUUUGACAGCUGCUGUGGGCCGGUAUGUCUGUGGUGGGGUCAGACCCAAGAUCCAGGACAAGAAUGUGAUGGAUGGGCAACAGGAGGAUGCACAGUGUGCAAUGGGGGACUCUGAUGUAGUGUUGCGGAAGUCCGGUUUGGUCCGGUUCAGCAACAAAUUUUGCGAACGCUGA